UCGUGUCGCUCUGUGAUGACGGCAUCGUUCGCCUUUCCCGGAAGCGGAAGGAGGUUGCGAUGGGGAAGGCGUUGGCGCUGCUGGGGCGACAAGUCCGGGGCUCGGGCCGGUGAUUGUGGGGCGGGGAUGGCAGGUGCCCGGGGCGGCUCCGCCUCCCUUCAGGCUGCCGGCGGCGGCGAGCGCGCCUUGGCAGAGCUGCUGCUGGAGUUCUCGAGGGCGCAGUACCGGGCCAGGGACGGUGGUGGUGGUGGUGGCGGCAGCGCCGGCGGUAGUGGAGGCGGAGGUGGUGGUGGAGGGACCGGUAGCAACGCCAAGGUAGAACGUAUUGAAAAAUGCUGCCUUGAGUUAUUCAGCAGAGACUAUAGCUAUAGUCUGAUCCACAAUGUGAACGGUGAAAUCUGCAGCCACUACCCCCGACUGAUUGUCUUCUUAGAAUAUGAGAGCACUGAUCGAGAGAGGCACACAUUUGAGAGCACCGUCCCAGUUGGCAAGCUGCAAGACCUCAUCCACCGCAGUAAGAUGGCCAGGUGCAGAGGGCGGUUCGUCUGCCCCGUCAUCCUCUACAAGGGAAAGCAUAUAUGCCGAUCAGCCACCCUGGCAGGGUGGGGGGAGCUUUAUGGGCGCACAGGAUACAACUACAUUUUCUCAGGGGGCUCAGACGACGCCUGGGCAGAUACAGAAGAUCUGUCAGAAGAGGACUCUGCCUUCAGAAAUGCCGACUCGCAGCUGUUUGACAAGGUCCGAGGUCAUGACAUCAAGCUCUUGCGAUAUUUGUCAGUUGCGUACAUCUGUGACUUGAUGGUGGAGAACAAGAAAGUGAAGUUUGGCCUGAAUGUGACAUCUUCCGAGAAGGUGGAUAAAGCGCAGCGCUAUGCCGACUUCACGCUCCUCUCUAUCCCCUACCCAGGCUGUGAAUUUUUCAAGGAGUACAAAGACCGGGAUUACGUGGCGGAAGGGCUUGUUUUUAACUGGAAGCAGGAUUAUGUAGACGCUCCACUCAGCAUCCCGGUUUCCCUUACCCAGCCGUUGAAUAUUGACUGGAGCGAGUAUCAGAGCUGGGACCUCGUGCACCAGACACAGAACUACCUGAAGCUUCUGAUCUCCAUUAUCAAUGGUGACGAUGACAGUGGGCUCCUGGUGCACUGUAUAUCCGGCUGGGACAGGACGCCUCUCUUCAUCUCCCUCCUGCGCCUCUCCCUGUGGGCUGAUGGGCUGAUCCAUGCAUCCUUGGAACCCGCAGAGAUCCUUUACCUGACUGUGGCCUACGACUGGUUCCUCUUUGGGCACAUGUUAGUGGAUCGGCUCAGCAAAGGGGAGGAGAUUUUCUUUUUCUGCUUCGAUUUUCUGAAGCACAUCACCUCUGAGGAGUUCUCUGCCGCCAAGCAGCCCAGAAGGACGAGUCUGCCGCCUGGAUUUACUUUGGAGGAGAUCUGUAUGCUAAAGCAGAGGGACCGGGGCAGCACCACCAGUCUGAGCAGUGACUUCUCGCUGGUGAUGGAGAGUUCGCCUGGGGCUGCAGGGAGUUUCACCUAUGAAGCAGUGGAGCUGAUGCCAGCAGGGCCUCAAACGCAGGCUUCUUGGAGGAAAAACUGUGCGUCUUCCCCUCAGACGGUCCUGUGGAGUCGGUCAGCGCAGCCCGAAGACAGGCUGCCAUUCCAAGGCGUGCUCGAAGCCAGGUCCUCCAGCUCCUCCUCUUCCAACCACUCGGAGAACUUCUCACGGCUGGGCAGCAGUCCGCUGGAAGUGCCCAAGGCCAGAUCGGCCGACCACUCCCUGCCUGGAUCCUCCAUCUCUACCGACUUUGGCAGCUGGCAGCUGGUAACGGGGAGUGGCAGUAUACAGGAGCAGGCAGACUCCUCCCUCCCUCCUGGCAGCUUCCCGGAUGAGCUCCCUAACCGUUCCCUGCUGGUGACGCUGACGGAGAGGGAGUCCCGGCUAGACGAAGUGCGUUCAGCAUUCUUGGCAACCUACAACAGUACAGUAGGCCUGAAGUCUGUGUCGCCGAGCCCGUCGGGAGCCAUUGGUGGCCUUCUGGAGCAGUUUGCCCGGGGCGUUGGACUCAGAGGAAGCAGCGCCCUUUGACACCCCCUCACCCUUCCACCACCACCACCCCCAUCCAGGUUGUUUUCUAGUCCGAAAGGUGAAGGAACCUAAAAGCCAUGAGAGCCCAAGUGCCAGAUUCCAGUCUGGGCCAGAGCCUCUGGCCACGUCGUCCUCCGUAUGCUGCCGGCCACACUGCCUGACUGCCAGCUCUCCUGGGUCCAUCUGACUGACUGUGAUCGCAGCCUCAGGCUGGGCUGAUUUCCACUGGGAACUGGGGUUCUCCCCUAAUCAUGCAGGACUUGGCUAGCUCUGACAAAUCACCACAGUAAAAUGUGUCAAAAACACCCAA